GUUCAUUAACAGAGGUUCUCUCUCGUGUCAACUAUCGCGGUCGCCUAGAGAUGGACAUUAGUAUAGUUAAUUAUAUAGAUAAUCAUGUCGGAACUACAGGAAUUCAACCAAGCUGCCGAGGAUGUCAAGAACUUGAGCAGCACACCGGCUGACAGCGAUUUACUCGAACUAUACGGGCUUUACAAGCAGGCCAAUGUGGGCGAUUGCAAUACAGAAAAACCUGGUUUCCUCGACUUCAAGGGCAAGUCCAAAUGGGAGGCCUGGAACAAGUUGAAAGGCACCAGCCAAGCCGACGCCCGAACUGCCUACAUCACCAAAGUGAAAUCUCUGAUUGCGUCUCUGGGUCUAAAGUCCUAAGCAUAUGGAUUAUGUGUUUCGUGUAUAACAAUCCAGUUGGAAAUGCAUUUCUCUCACAUGUAAUACGCACAAUAUUUCGUCAUUAGCACAAAAUACAUACGCACGCCAAAAA